GCCUCCUCCCACCUUGUCCCACCCCUCCCUCCCCCGUCCCCAUCCUUUCCUUUCCCAUCCCGUCCCUGCGAAUCCGGGCACCUCCAGGAAAGACAAUGAAGGAGAUCUGCAGGAUCUGCGCCCGGGAGCUGUGCGGCAAUCAGCGGCGCUGGAUAUUCCACACCGCCACCAAGCUCAACCUCCAGGUUCUCCUGUCCCACGUCCUGGGCAAGGACGUGCCCCGCGAUGGCAAAGGCGAGUUUGCCUGCAGCAAGUGCGCUUUCAUGCUGGACCGGAUCUAUCGCUUUGACACGGUCAUUGCCCGGAUCGAAGCCCUCUCCAUCGAGCGCUUACAGAAGCUGCUGCUUGAGAAGGAUCGCCUCAAAUUCUGCAUCGCCAGCAUGUACAGGAAGAAUAAUGAUGAGCCCCCCACCGAGGCCAAGGUAGGGAACGGGACCGUGGAUAUUUCCAGCUUACCCGAUGUCAGGUACACGGCGCUGCUCCAGGAAGACUUUGCCUACUCUGGGUUUGAGUGCUGGGCAGAAAAUGAGGACCAGAAUCAAGAAUCGCACAGCUGCCACACAUCAGAGGGCCCUGGAAGCAGGCCCAGGAGGUGUAGGGGCUGUGCUGCUUUAAGGGUGGCUGAUUCUGACUACGAAGCUAUCUGUAAGGUACCUCGAAAGGUAGCCAGAAGCAUCUCCUAUGCGCCUUCUUCCACCAGGUGGUCCACCAGCAUAUGUACUGAAGAGCCAGCCUUGUCAGAGGUUGGGCCAUCAGACGUUCCAAGCACAAAGGUCCCAGCUGAUGGGGAAAGUAUGGAAGAAGGAACUCCUGGUUCCUCUGUGGAAUCGCUGGAUGCUACUGGACAGGCCAGCCUUCCACAACAGAAGGAUGAAGAAACGGAGAGAAGCAGUAAAGAGCUCCCAAAAUGUGAUUGCUGUUCAGAUGACCAGGCCAUCCAGUACACAUGCGGCCACAAACUAGAACUUGCUCUUAGCAUGAUUAAAGGUUUUGACUACAAGCCCAUUCAGAGCCCCCGUGGGAGCAAGCUUCCUAUACCAGUGAAAUCCAGUCCGCUUGGAGCCAAGCCUGGCCAUCUCAUGGCAGAUGGAAGUAGUCCCAAUUUCCUAAGUAGGCCUGUGAAACCAUUUUCCAAGACACCUGUGGGCUAUUCCCUGGAGAUUUCUGACCUGCAAGAGUUGUGGGAUGAUCUCUGUGAAGACUAUUUGCCACUCCGGUUCCAGAAUAUUACUGAAGAGCCAUUCCAGCAACAGGAACUGAAUUCAAAUGAGGCCACCAUGACCCAGCAAUGUGUGCCUGAUUCUCACUUGGCAGAACUUCAAGACAAAAUUGAGCAAACAGAAGCUGCCAACAAGAUUCUGCAAGAGAAACUGAAUGAAAUGAGCUGUCAACUGAAAUCUGCCCAGGAAGCAUCCCAGAGGCAGGAUUGUACAAUUCAGAACCUCAGUCAGUCCUUGAAAAGCAGGGAGAGUGAGACUGAAGAGCUGUACCAAGUGAUCGAAGGUCAGAACGACACAAUGACCAAGCUGCGGGACAUGCUACACCGAAGCCAGCUUGGACAACUUCAGCUUCCAGAAGGAGGGUCCCCGGCCCAGCAGCAGAUAGCCCUGCUUGAUCUGCAGAAUGCCUUAUUCUGCAGCCAGCUGGAGGUACAGAAGUUUCAGAGGGCAUCCCGGAGGAAGGAACGGCUCUUGGAGGAUGCCAAGCGGAACCUUCAGUUCAUGGAGGCUGCGGCUCAGGAGCUAGAGCAGCAGAAGGAAGCUGCGUGGACCCACAACCAGGAAUUGCGAAGUACCCUGCAGCAGGUACAGGAAGAUUUACGUAAUAAGAACAAGCAGCUUCACAUCCUGGAGGGCACAAGGUGCCGUGAGACCCAGGCUCGAGAACAGAGUUUUCAGCGUCUGAACUACAGCCUGCAGCAGAAAGACCAGCUUCUGCAGGAAUACCGGGAACUCAUGCAGUAUCAGAACAACUCAGAGAAGAGCCUUGAGGCAAAUGAAGUGAUGCUUGAGAAACUUCGCAAUCGCAUCCAAGAUCGAGAUGUUGCUUUAGAGCGGGCUAUUGAUGAGAAGUUUUGUGCCUUAGAAGAAAAGGAAAAAGAACUACACCAACUUCAUCUUGCUGUGAGAGAGCGAGAUCAUGACUUAGAGAGACUCCGUUAUGUCCUGUCUUCCAAUGAAGCUACCAUUCAGAGUAUGGAGAGUCUCCUGCAGGCUAAAAGUUUAGAACUGGAACAGUUAUCAGUGACCUGCCAAAACCUUCAGUGGUUGGAAGAAGAAAUGAAGAAGAAAUUCAGCCACUGGCAGAAGGAGCAAGAGGGCAUCAUCCAGCAGCUGCAGACGUCUCUGCAUGACAGAAACAAGGAAGUAGAGGAUCUUAGUGCAACAUUGCUUUGCAAGCUGGGACCAGGGCAGAGUGAAGUUGCCGAAGAGUUAUGUCUACGCCUGCAGCGGAAAGAAAGGAUGCUGCAGGACCUUCUGAGUGACCGAAAUAAACAGGCUCUGGAGCACGAGAUGGAGAUUCAGGACCUGCUCCAGUCUAUGAACAACAGGGAGAAAGACAGUCAAGUUGCUUUGGGAAAGAUGGUGCAGGCCCUGAUGGAAAGGAGCACAGAGGUGCAGACCUUGCGCCAGCACAUCAGAGGGAAGAACCUGGGGUUCAGCACAAACCAGCCAGCUGAAGAGACCACAUUCAUUAGUCAGCAUCACGAGGAGCAACCUGUCCAAGAAUCAAUGCAAGGAAACAUUAAAGAUGAACUUAAUACAGUGACUGCUAAAGGAGAUACCAGCACAUCCAGGCCUUGGUCAGGAAACAUGGAGGCCACUGCAGAGCUAGAGAAGGAACUGAUUCAUGCCAAAGAGGAACUUGAACUCAUAACAAGAAAAGAAAGAGAAAGUAGGAUGGAGCUCUCUGCUCUCCAAUCCAUGGUUGCUGUGCAAGCGGAAGAGCUCCAAGUUCAAGCCGCUGACAUGGAAUCUCUAACCAGGAACAUGCAGAUCAAGGAAGAUCUAAUCAAGGAUCUUCAGAUGCAGCUUGUGGACCCUGAAGACAUCCCAGCUGUCCAGCAUCUGACCCAAGAAGUCCUGCUCCUUCGGGAAAAAGUGGCUUCAGCAGAAUCCCCGGGUCAGGAAACAGAAAACCGCAAGCAUCAGUUGCUGCAAAUGAUGGAGGCUCUAGUGGAGGAGCGGGGCCGGCUCAACGAAGCCCUCCAAGCAGAAAGACGGCUCUACAGCAGUCUGGUGGAGUUCCACACACAUCCAGGCGGCUCUGAGCGAGAUCAGGCCCUGCAGGUGGAGUUGGAAGGAGCCCAGGUGCUACACAGCCGGCUAGAGGAGGCUCUCGGAAGAAGUCUGGAGCGCCUGAGCAGGCUGGAGACCAUGGCUACCUUUGGAGGCACAGCUGUGGGUGAGGACACCGAGGACGCUAGCACCGAAUUUACCGAUAGUAUCGAAGAGGAAGCCGCACACAACAAUACCCACCAGCAAUUCAUCAAAGAGGCUUCAGAGAAAAACUUGAGGACGGAGGAAACCCAACAUUUUAAUCAUCCUCCUCCUCUCCCAAUCGGAGGAGACAAAAACAGUGGCCUUGAGGAGGAAGUACUCUGCCUGAAGGCGGAGAUCCAUCAGCACCUGGAACAGAAGAAAAAAGCUGAAGGGGAGCUGAAGGAUCUGAAAGCCCAGAUUGAGGAAGCAGGAUUCUCCUCUGUUUCCCAUAUCAGGAACACCUUGCUGAGUCUGUGCUUGGAGAACGCUGAGCUAAAGGAGCAGAUGGGAGAAGCAAUGUCUGAAGCAUGGGAAAUGGAGGAAGACAAGGAGAAGGAGGAAGGGCUGGGGGAGGAAGCUAGACAGUGUUUGAAAGAAGACAGCCUAUGUGCUGAAAUCAGAAAGCUGCACGGGAAGCUGCGGAAUGCCAAUACCAUAAUCAACCUCCUCAAAGAGCAGCUGACACCAAACAGAAAAGAAGGGGACACUAAGUUUAAUCCUCAGUUUAUUGUCCGCCUGGCCAAGGAGAUUGACCGUCUGAAGACAGAAGUCAUUUGGGCUCCCGGGAAGCCCCUGGCCCUAGGAGACCAGCUUCAAGAAGACCAGGGGUCAAAGAGGCCAUAUUCCAGACCCCAGACUCUCGACCUAGUGUCUGUCCUCGACUUACCACCCAAGGAUGGUUACCAGGGGGAUAGCCAAGAGUCAGUCAGCAGCAAUGGGCCACUGGCAGAGGCUAGUCUGCAAGGGCCAACUCACCAGCUCCGCUCUCAACUGGAACAGUGUAGACAACGCUAUCAAGAUCUCCAGGAGAAACUGCUGGUAUCUGAAGCCACAGUCCAAGUCCAGGCCAGCCAGCUAGAGCAAUACCGAGUCUUAUUUCGUGAGCCAGGGGUGAAACAGGACAGCAAACAAGUCCAGGUGGAUCUCCAAGACUUGGGAUACGAGACAUGUGGCCGGAGUGAAAAUGAGGCUGAACGAGAAGAAACUACCAGCCCUGAAUUCGAAGACCACGACGUCUUCAGCGACCCCAGAGUAACUGAGAGCUUACACUCUCAGUACAAUUUUCUGGGGUCAGCAUUGACCAGUUCCCCUCUAAAGAAACCUCUGGGGAAACAGAAAGAUUUCUUGGAUUAUGGAAAAUCUGAGGACAUUGCUGUCCUCCAGCAGCACAUCAGAGACCUGAAAGCAAGGCUGCAGAACUCGGACAAAGUCAUCCAGAACCUCAAGUGCCGGGUCCGCUCUUUCUCCGUCACCAGCGAUUAUGCGUCUAGCUUGGAGAGGCCCAGAAAAAUGAAGCUGAAGGGUGGCGAUCUCACUUCGUCGCCAUCCCACAGCCUCACGGAUGAGGAUGAAGGGUGGCAGUCUGACAGCAUGGGGGUCUUCUGCCCACCUGAGAUGCAGGCCAGAAAAGACCUGGAGAAACUCGUCCAGAGAGUAACCCUGCUGGAGGCCCAACUUCCAAAGUCCCAGAUGGAAGGGAAGCUGACGGAAGAACUAAAGUCAGCCACCUGGCCAGGGAAAUACGACUCCUUGAUCCAGGCUCAGGCGCGAGAGCUGUCCCAUCUGCGUCAGAAGGUACGGGAAGGGAGAGGUGUGUGCCAUAUUCUCAGCCAGCACUUCAGGGACACUAUUAAGGCUUUUGAGGACCUCCUCCGAGGCACGGACAUCGACUACUACCUGGGACAGAGCUUCCGAGAGCAGCUAGCUCAGGGGAGCCAGUUAACAGAGAGACUCGCCAGCAAACUCAACACCAAGGAUCGAGGGAAGAUGGAUGAUCAAUCAAGCCAUGAGCUACUGGCCCUCAGGCUCAGCAAGGAACUACAAGAAAAGGAUAAAGUGAUUGAGGUUCUGCAGUCCAAACUCAAUGCUAGAUCCUUGAGUCCCUCCAGCAGCCACGCCCUCUCCGACUCCCAUCGCUCUCCAAGCAGCACCUCCUUCCUGUCUGAUGAGAUGGAAGCCAGCUCGGACAUGGAUGUGGCCAGCGAGUAUACCCAAUAUGAAGAACGCUGUACGGACAAAGCUUCAGACUCCAUCCAUCAUUCAAGUAACAGUGCAGCUCCUUCAUCUAACCCAUCCUGUGCCGCUGUAACCCAAGGGGCUAAGAAGGACUCCAGCAGCAUCCCCGCAACCGUGCCAUCUUCUCAGAAACCCCCCAAGGAGACCAGUCAGACACCCGCAGGCCUGUAUUUUAACUCCAUACCCAAGCCCAUUGGCUUUUGCCAACCUCCAUUUUCCUCAAUCCCCUCCAUCCCUCUGCCUUUUGGCCUCCCUCCCCCUUCUGCUCCUCCCCUCCUUGGCUGCUGUGGGACAUCGGUGCUCUCCUUGGCAGAAGCUCAACAGGAGUUACAGAUGCUACAGAAGCAGUUGGGAGAAAGUAUAGCUCCUACCACUCCCUCCAUGCCGGCUCCGUUGCCUGGCAACCUUGCUGAAGUUGGUCCUUCUCCCCACUGCCUGCAUCCCCCACACCGUACUUCCCAGUCCCAUCCUCUUGGGAUCUCUUCGGAACUCUGCAGGUCAGCAGACUCAAGUCUCCUCAAUAACAGUGGCCUUUGGGAAACAGUGAAACCUCAGAAAGGAAGCACUUUGGGGGAGUUACCCUCAAACUCUGCAGUGUGCCAACCUCGACCUAAACUCACAGGGGCUGAUCUGCUGGAGGAACAUCUCAGUGAGAUCAGGAACCUACGCCAACGCCUGGAGGAAUCCAUCUGCAUUAAUGACCGCCUUCGAGAACAGCUGGAACACAGGCUCUCCUCUGCCACAAGGGCCAAUGGCUCCUCCUCUAGUAUUUACAUGCCAGGUUUGGAGUCCAUGCCCCAGCUGUGCAAUGAGAACAGAAUGCUCCGGGAGGAAAACCAAAGUCUGCAGGCUCAGCUGAACCACCUGUCCAAAGAGCAUGCUAAGGAGCUGGAACAUCUCAGGGAGGCUCUGCUGGCUUCCCGUACCCGACUUCAAGAGCUAGAAGCCGAGCUGGAGAGGCAGAAGGUGGAGAAGCGGCAGACGGCUGAGGACCUGAAGCAGAGGCAACAGGAGAUCCUGCAGUUCCGGGAGGAGCGGCUCUCCCUCCAGGAGAAGAACAACAGGCUACAGAACAAAGUGCUCCUCCUCCAGGAGCAGUGUGAGGAGAACCAGCGGCUCUUCCAGUCCCUCCAGUCCGAGCUGCAGGUCUAUGAAACGUACUUUGGCGACUCCAAGCAGGGGCUGAAGGCUUACAGCUGGGAUAUUUGUCCCCAAAAGCCUCUGAGCAAUGACCUGAGCACGCUUGUGUCAGAGGUUCGAGCUCUUCGAAGCCAACUGGAAUACAGCAUCCAAGUGAACAAUUCCCUGAGGCAACAGUUGCAACAGCAGCUGAAUGUCAGUCCCCAAAAAGCCACCCUCAACUCUUCCUGUGUGUCCCAGGAUUUGCCUGUCAUUAACCCUGAGGGCAAGUGGCAAUUCUUCCAAGAUUCAAUUUCUUCUCCUCCGGUUCGGGAUGUUGGUAUGAAUAUUCCAACUUCAAUCUUCUCCACAGCCACAUGCAAGGCUCUUGACCCACAGACCUCCCCCUUCCAGAGAACAAAAGGAGUGGCUUUGGAUAUAUCCCUUGUAAAGAAGAGCCCUCCCAUGCUGGAGGGGGAUGCUCCUGAUGGCUCAUUUUCCAACAAGCAUGGUCGCCACGUGAUUGGCCACAUUGAUGACUACAGUGCCCUAAAGCAGCAGAUCCUGGAAGGAAAAGUGCUGGUCCAUAAGAUGGUGUCUCUCAUGCAGGUCACUCUCAACUCACCUGCCCUGGAAGCCAAAGGCACUGAGGUUCUUGCCUCUGGAAGUAUCCACCAGCUCCGGGGCAACACAAACACCCUGCACCAGAUCUUGGAGGAGUCUGCCUCUCUCCUCACCAUGUUCUGGAGAGCAGCCCUGCCCAGUGCCCAGAGCCCUAUACAGCAGAAGAAAAAGGAGGAGUCAAUGAAAGGAGAAAUUCUAGAGCUGAAAACCAAAUUAUCUGAGAAAGAGAAUCUCCUUCAGAGUACAAAUGAACGCCUAAAGACGGCCAACAAGAUGAAGGAGAGCAUGGAGCACUUGAUUAUCAAUCAGUUAACUAGGACGCAUGAUGUUUUGAAGAAGGCAAGGACAAAUCUUGAGCCCUUUCAGAAGAAUACUUCCGAGAUUAAUUAUAUAAAGCAUCAUCCCUCUCCUAGCAAAGGAGCCAGGCAGAAAGCGAAGUCACCACGGGUCCCUGAAGCAUCAGGAGGGACGCGCCUGUCCACAGUUUCUCCAGCUACCCACCCACUGAAAAACAUGCAGGUCCCCCUUUGGGAAGCCCCGCUGUGGGGCUCAGAGGCCAGAACGUUCUCUAGCUGGAAGCGCACGGAAAUGGAAACCACCCAGCAACUCAGUGUUAUCAGCAUCCUGGCAGGGCCCACCUGGCUCUGGGCAAAAACGUAGAAACUUAGUUAUGGGUGUAGAGCCUAAAAUGCUGCUUUUACCUUCGCCUUGGAUCGCUUGGAUCUGAUUCCGAGGGAGCAGAAAGCCUAGAUUUCUGCAGCACAAGUUUCUCUCCUCAAUAAACUCAGGGGAAACACAGCCAUCCUCCUCAUGCCUUCAUGAGGUAGUGGUAUGGCCCACAGACACUAGACUUAAUUCCUUCGGGAAGUGCAUCACUUAGUGCAACUCUAGAAGCAUAGUUUCCAAUUAUGCAUGAGCAGUUGCAAGGCUGGCCGCAGGACUGACCUACUCAAUCCCCUGGUGCUCACUGUUCACAACUCUUCCUCUCCCUGGAGCAACCUCAUUUGGAUCAUUUACGAGAGAUGGAUGUGUGGGGAAAAAGACAGAAAGUCACAUCCAAAAUUGAAGUUUUACCCCUGGAAGACAGCGACUUGUCUGCUUUUGCCUUGAAGUGGAAAGAAAUGAGACCCAGAGGUCUUAAGUCAGAUUCUCCUUCUCACUCUGAAGCAGUGGCUUGAGAAAUAGCUGGAUUCCUGGACUGUUUUCCCCCCUUCCAGGCCUAAUUAUUUAAUUUUUUCCUUUAUUUUAUGAUAAUUUUCACUUGAUUUGGUUUAUAAUGUAAGGUGGUUUUACUUGCUGUACUCCUUUGUCUUCACUUUUCCCUCUCUAGAAAAGCAGGAAUGGCUGGGCAGGGACUGCCCAGCGAGCCUCUUUAGUAUCUCCAUUAGGAACAAAAUGCCCAUUCUUAAAUGCAAGACGACUCCGGCAGUGGUGAACCCUUCUUUGUGGCGUCUCAGUGCUUGUGGGAUGUGUAUAUAUGCUGCCACAGGGAUGUGAACCACGGGACAGAAAGGAAGCAGGAGAUGAUCCAGUCUCCUUACUAGGCUGUCUUGCAUCCAAGGGGAGGACAGAGUGUGCGUUUGUUAAGAAAUAAAAGUUUUUUCUUCACUUGACCUUUUGUUUCCCAGUAAAA